AUGGACUUUCCGCGAUUCUCGCCACCCUCCAUCAACGUGCAUGAGUACAACAGCGGUUAUGAUCAUCGCCAUUCCAACGAGAGACCUUCAUAUACCAUGACUGGACAUACCUUCUCGCCCCCAGGGCCCUUGCCCAUAUCGACCUCAUCGAUAACAACAUUUGCGCCACCGCCACUCCCUCCCCCAUCUCGCAUUACGGACCUCGAUUACGGUUACGACGCUGGAUGGCUCCACGCCAAUCCCAAAGGAUCCUCAGCUACCAAGCUCGCGCCAAUCAAUCCCGGUUCAAGCCUCUUCGGAGGUCACCGUCGCCCAGAGUCCAUCCCCCGAUCUGAUCGCAUGGCCUUGGACGAACUCGAUGGCCGACAAAGCGGAUUGCCCGUAUCCAGAAGCCCCGAAGCUCACAUCAAAAUCGAGCCCCCACCCCCGGUGGACGAAGGCUUUCGGAAUGCCAUCUCAAUCACCCCAACGAGCCCUAUUCUCAAAGGCGAAAGAGACUUCUCUCGACGGAGUGUGAAAGAUUCGUCAGACGCAUACGAUCAGCACCUCUUGUCCAAGAUAGGCAAACCGCUUUCUCCGCGGCAGUCGAUCAGCGUCGGGAGUGAACCUCGAACUACAUUGUCCACCUUGCCCAUUCCGCAGAGGCCCUUUGGAAGCUUACCCUCCCCGGGUGGCUCGGAGGGAUCCACUCUCGAUGUGCGGUGGUCCACCAGCUCUCAGUCUGGGGGGAUCUCCCCCGGUACUAAACUUGGCUGGAAAGACUACAUCGGGUGUCGGAGUCCGAGUGUUGAAAGCAGCGCCCCGUCGUCCGCAGUAGACUACGACCACUCAGCGUACCUGCGUGAUCUAUCCCGCCGCCGCGCGGGCGGAACGACACCACACUAUGACGAAACACUCAGCCUCCCUAGUCGCUCAAAUCGAGGAAGCUACGAUCAGGGCGUGUUCUCCGAUAUCGAGGGCGACUAUUCCACCGACGAGUCAUUACCGUCGCGGUUAAUCAAUCUCCGCGAAGCAACACCCCCCUACUUGGAUGCAGCAAAAUCUGGGAUGAAACGAAGAGCUUCUUCUCCGCCACGGGAAGCCAUAACCGACGACAGACACGUGCUUCACGUCACAACGAGUAAUGGCGAUUUAUCUCAACGAAGAACCAGCGGUCACCCGUUCACAAAUACCCUCUCGGUCAACACUGGAUAUGCGCCAAGUCACGGGAGCCUCUCUGCUGCAUCGUCUCUGAGCUUACGGACAUCCGGAUCGUAUUCAUCGGCAGUUCUAUCCGGGGGGGGAAGCAGUAUAACCAGCGCAUCAACAUAUGACCGUUCACCGGGGCGACUUUCUCCCAAUUCCGAUCUCGACACUCUCCACGACAAGUCUCUUCUGAACGCAACCUCUCCCGGUGGCCUUGCGCCUCCGGCCCCCAGACACAGUCUCCCGGGACCAACGUCUCUAGACGCACCCAGUACGAAUGCGGCGCGCAAGCUGUCCCUGCAGGGCCCUGCGAGCGCACCCAAACCACCUGGGUCUAAAAUGAGUGGUCUGUACAUCUGCGACUGCUGUCCCAAAAAGCCCAAGAAGUUUGAAAGCCCAGAGGAGCUUCGGGCCCAUGAGAUGGAAAAGCAAUAUUCGUGUCUGUUCUGCAACAACCGGUUCAAAAACAAGAACGAGGCCGAGCGCCACCAGAACUCUCUCCACCUGCGUCGUCACUCCUGGUCCUGUGCCGCCUUGCCGUCAUAUCAGGCCGCAUUCCACCCCUCGUCUGCACCGUCUAGCCAGACGACUUCCGGUCCUUCCCACGACACCUGCGGCUACUGUGGCGAGGAAUUUUCAAACUUCCCUCAACCGGACUGGGACCGCAGAUUCGAGCAUCUUACAUCGGUGCAUAAAUUCGGAGAGUGCAACAACGCCAAGAAGUUCUACCGUGCGGACCAUUUCCGGCAACACCUGAAACACAGUCAUGCUGGUACAAGCGGGAAAUGGACGAACAUCUUGGAGAACGCCUGCAUGAAGGAAGAGACGCCGCCGGAACCGAAGAAUGCCAGCAGUACGACGGGCUCUACGGCCCCGUCGACGGGCGGAUCCCUCGCGUCAAACAAGAUCAACGAGGUGCUCGGCGGUUGUUGA